AUGCCAAAACGUAAAAUUUUACGUACACCAGCUGAAGAAAAAGAAUAUAAAAAAAUGAAGCGUCAAAAACAAAUUGAACUCAACAAUUUCGAAAUUCUGAAUGUUCCAUCGACUUCUAAGAAUAAGGCGAAUAACAGUAAUAUACCAUCACGAAAUAAAAGUACCGGUGAAAAUAAUUCUAAUCAACUUCCUCCAAAUGACAUAAAGGAAUCGUUACCUCGAAUCACGAUCAGUCCUCUUAUUAAUGAAUUAUUACCAUUAGAACAAUUUGUUCACAAUGAAAAUACAGUCAGUGAGCAUUAUCUAGGUAGAAUGAAUAUUUUAUGCACGCAUUGUAAUGCGUGCCAUUUUCCUGCUGAACAAGUUGCUAAUAAGAAGAAUUCUUUUAACGAUUGUUGCAGUCAUGGUGAGGUUUUACUUGAAAAUUUACCAGACAUGCCAUUAGCUCUUAAAAGUCUUUUCGAUGGUACUCAUGAAAAAUCUAACCAUUUUUAUGAAAGAAUAAGGUAUUACAAUAGUUCAUUUUCUUUCGCAUCUUUCAAUGCUAACUUAGUUCAAUUCAAUAAUCGGCGUCCUGGUCCUUUUUGUUUUAAAAUCCAGGGUCAGAUUUAUUACCAAAUCAAGACGUCAUUGUAUCCUGAAUCUUCUGAAUCUCCUACCAAUGGACAACUUUUUAUUAUCGAUUCUAAUGAAGCAUCGCAAUAUCAACUCAAAAGAAAUUCAAAUUUAGAUUUAAAUAUUGUUGCGACCAUUGAAAGUGUCUUACGAGAAUGUAAUAUAUUUGCGCUUUCAUACCAAAUGAUGAAAGAUGAAUUAGAUGCAGAACAAGCAAAAUAUAAUAACACCGAACCAGAGUUGCAAUUACUGUUUACUUUAAAACCUGGAAUGCAAAGAAGCCGUUACAAUUUUCAAAGGGUUAAUGAAGUUGCUGCUGUAUUUUCAACAACAGCUGAUGGAGACAUACCAGAAUCAUAUGUCACCAUAAAAAAUAAGAAUACUAAAAAAUUACAAAUCAUUAGUACGAUGGUUCCCAAUGUAGAACAUUGGGUAUAUCCUUUAUUUUAUCCUUAUGGCACCUAA